AUGGAGCCAAAGUAUAACGUGAGCUUACCGAACAUUCCUUCAAUAGUAGACUCAAUAGUCACUAAGAAAACACCGAAGAAGCAACACAUUAGUAAAAGUAGGAUGGAGUGCCUCAGGCAGAUUGAGGGAUCCCUCUCCGAGUGUUUUAUUGAAAGAAGAGAGUCGAGGAUAACUGAUAUCAAGCAGAUCAAUUUUCAACCGAUUGAUACCCAGCAAGGGCAUUUAAGUAGGAACUGAUUUGACCAAAGACUUAUUAAAUCACAAGUUUGUUCAAAUUUUAAGGAAUUAGUCAAGGACAUAAAGAGUUGCGAAAAUAUUGUUAAGAUGCCAAUGAUUAGAAAUGAAGAUAAGCAUCAUUAUAUUCAAAACUUAUCACCACUUCCAAGCUUCAAGAGCAGUUUUGAUAUUCUUUCAUUACAAAAGAAUAAGACCAGUAGAAAAAUAAAGAACAAAUAAGCAAGACAGAUAUCGAAAAGUUAGAAAAAUCAAGUUCAACAUCCCCAAAUUACCCAAGACUACUCCUACAUCAUCUCCAAUUCCUCCCACUCAAAAUUCCUCAAAAUCUUCCAAAAAGCCCUUAUAAUAAAUGUAGUAGACCCCAAUGACAUUUUCACUCCCCAAAAGGUUUCUCCCAAGCGGAAAAAGCCCAAGGCGAAGCAGGCUCGGCCGCUUCGCUUUCGCUUCCUAGAUCCAAGUUCUGGCCUGGGUGCAAGCACCAGGGAUAACCUUGAGUUUAGGAUAAAGCAGAUGAGCAAGGCUCAGUACGGAGGCUUCUCUUCAUACUCUUCUCCCUGUGCUAAGGCACAGAAGAAGCAAUCAGACAGGAAGUACCUGAAGCUCAGCAAAGGCGGCAUAGCCUCUCCUAAGCAGCCUGAGCUCCAGAAGGGCUCAAGCCUUCUUUGAAGCUCCAUCCAAGCUUAUUUAUGAGAUACAGCCUGAGGUCAUAAGAAUCAAAAUAAACCCAAAAUAUCUGAACCAGUCAGAGCUAGUUUCAAACCCAACGAAUGUGAGAUGAUUAUAAGUUCUCCGAGGGACAAUGAUUUCAAGCGAGGCAACUAUUAUUACUAAUCAUUUAUAUAGCUAU